AUGUCGCUGAAGGCCCCAUCAGCUGCCCAAUCAGCGGGCAGGGAGACGAUCAAGAAAGCCUUCAAAGACUUGGAACGCGCAAUUUGUCCAGUCGACUCUCGCGACUUCGCAUCAACAACAAUCGGAGAUGUCAGGAGGGCCGCCAUCGAGAUUGAGAGGCAGCUGGCAGCACGACAGUCCCUGCGUAAUAUGCGGAGGCUGGAGCCGCUUUUCCUAGGUUUGGAGCACUACUCCAAGGUCAUUGAAGUAUUGUGUAAUGGGACCGAGUAUCUGGCGUGGAUAUGGGCCCCUAUAAAACUUAUUCUCAAAAUCUCGAGUGAUUACGUCCACGCUUUUGAGCGGCUCAUCAAAGCGUACUCCCAGGUUGCCGACUCGCUUCGGAGAUUUCAACUCUUGGAGCAAUCAUUCAAGGAUAAACCCCAGCUCUAUCCUACCUUUGCCAUCUUUUACGCCGACAUUCUGCAAUUUCAUAAAGCAGCCUACAAAUUUGUCACCCGUCGUUGCUGGAAAACUCUCUUCGCGACGUCAUGGGGCCGAUUUGAACGCAAGUUUGAUAACAUUCUCGACGACCUCAAGAGGCACGCAGCGCUCAUCGACAAAGAGGUCAACGCCCACAACAUCCUCGAGGCUCGGGAAAUGAGAAAGGAACUGGAGUCCUGGAAAGCUGAAAGCUUAGAAAGGCUCGCCCGGGAAGAGCGAGAACAAACAGCGCGGCAGGUUCAAGGCUUAAUCACCUGGCUUAGGCUGGACGACUCAGACCAGAUCAUUCUUCAGGAUUCGCUCGCAAGUGUUAGCGUCAACUCUCCAGGGACCGUCGACUGGGUGUUGAAGAAAUCAGAAGUGGCUGCAUGGCUCCGACCAACGCCCGACACUCCUUUCCUAUGGCUCCAGGGAGGCCCCGGGACUGGAAAGAGCGUUAUCGCUGAUGGACUACUGAGGUUCCUCGACAGCCAGAACAACCCACUGGUGAUCCGACACUUCUGCUCAUAUUCCCAGAGUUCCUCGACACUCUACGACCAAAUCAUAAAGGCUUUGCUUCUUCAGUCCGUUCGAGGCGAUGGCGACCUUGUGGCCCAUAUCUAUGAAGAGUAUGUCGGGAGCAAACAGGCUACCCUCCCUCUCCUUGAGAAACUUCUCGAGACUUCGGUUGAAGUGCUUUCCGGGGGCAACAAGAAUCAGAGUCCUGUAUAUAUUGUGUUGGACGGAUUGGACGAAUGCCCCCCUGAUAAGCAGCGUCGCCUCGUUCGAAUGAUGGAUCGCCUGGUGGCCAACGGGGACCCCUGCAAGGUCCUAAUAUCCAUGGCUAUUACGAAAUUUGCUGACAUGAGACUUCAGGUCAUGCGCAACAAGUUGAUGGAGCUUGGGAUCUCAGAAGAAGGCCUUCGAGGUAUAGCAACCCAGAUCGGGGUCAAGUCUGAUGGAAUGUUUCUAUGGGCAUGCUUGGUCUUGAAUUACCUUGCUGCGAACUUCUUUUACAACGAGGACGAGUUCAAGAACGCGGUCGACAGCCUUCCACGGGAACUCUCAGAAUUUUAUCUUCAAAGCGAGACCUGCAAAAGAUCCGUUAGAAUUUCGGAACAAACGAUUCUCUGGGAAAACGGUCUUGCCUCGUUAAGAUGUCUCCGCACCGCAUUCAACGUUUUUAACAGGCAUUUCUCUCAGAGCACUCGGGAUAUGCAACUUCUUCGAGGGGUAUGGGGUUUUAUUCCUUAUGCUAGUAGAUUCUGGUGCGUUGGAUUGCAAGAGAUGGUCUCGCUCCCAAUAAAAGAUUGGGAUCCUCGAUUUGAGGAGAUAGCUGCACAGUUAUCGGAUGCAUUGGCAACAUCACGACCAGGUCAUGACGACUUCGCUUCGGGACCGACAGUCGAGGAACUCGACAAGAUUAGACGUCUUCCGAGUCUAUGGUAUGAUGCUACUAUUGGCCUGAGAGCUCACACCGAGCGACGGCUGUUGCCUGGCGACUCAGAACUGGGAGGCGUGCUGAAGAAUCCUACCCAUAUUCACAACAUUUCCGAAAACUAUGAGAUAACCAUCCAACAGCUGAUGAGCAUCCGGGAGCACUCAGACUUGACACGAUCGGAACUUGAACAAUUCCGUGGCAAUUUCAGCGGUCACGCCUAUCCAUGCCGCUUCCCUUCGUGUACCUACGCCACAAAAGGCUUUGAAGAUAAUGACCAACGCGUCGCUCACGAAAUCGAACACACGCCGAGAUUCCCCUGUGUCGAGCCAGGUUGUCAAUACCCACCAUUCGGUUCUAGCAGGGCCCUAAAAAGGCACCAGUCAGACUGCCACGGCAAACGCAAGAGGAAACUGAGGGUCAAAGCCGCCCUGCCUAACAUGGGAGAACGGCGUGAAAUGAACCCCAUCCAGGCUCAGAUCCAGCAUAAUGCGCGGGUUAUCUACCAUCAACUGUUGCAGCAAGCCAUUCUCAAACACGGGUCUCAAGACAGGAUCCCGGCGGAGAUCAAUGAGAAGCUUAAGCAAACCAGCAUCUCACGAGCUCAAAAACUGUUCCAGCAAGGGAUGAUACAGCGUAGGAAUCAGCAGCAGCUCAUGAUGCAGCAGCAGCAGCAAUAA